AGCAGCUAACUUAUUGUCAGUAAGCGCCAUGGCUAAAAAAGGCUAUAAGAUAGUAUUCGACUCCGAUGGUUGUGAAAUUUUAGAUAAUGGGGUUAUUGCCGCGACGGCUACUUUGAAAAAUGACGUGUAUAUCCUUGACACUGUUGAGGCUUGUUCAAAGGUUCCUUUACAGAACAAACAGGUGGCCAACGCAGCAGUGGAGGAGGAGCGUGCGGUUUCUAGCGACGAAACUGUCUCUGCAGCUUCAGAGAAAGUUUGGCAUCGUCGUCUUUCGCAUCUCAACAGAAGAAGCAUGGAACUUUUAAGAAAAGGCAUACCUCAGGAGCAAUGGCAUCGUGCAUCAAACGACAGUUCCUGGCUGCGCUGCCCAGAACGGGGUCGCGGAGCGCGCGAACAGGACAGUGAUGCAGGCGGCAAGGUGCAUGCUACAAGAUGCAGGCCUGAGCAACGAAUUUUGGGCGGAAGCUGUCAACACGGCAGUCUACGUUAAGAACCGUUGUCCUACGAAAGCUGUUCUGGGGAGCACUCCUGAAGAAAAGUGGAGUGGCAAAAAGGUAUCACUGAGUCAUUUACGUAUCUUUGGUUCUGUGGCUUAUGCUAUGACUUCAAAGCGUUCGAAAUUAGAUCCGAAAUGCAAAAAGUACAUUUUUGUUGGGUAUUGUGAGCAUACAAAGGGUUACAGGCUCGUAGACCCGGAACAACCAACAAAAUGCAUCAAAGCCCGAGAUGUAACCUUUUUAGAAAAUACGUUCAUUGAAAAAGCAUCAAAUGAUGACAUUGACAAUGUCAUUGUGUCAACUGAAAUAUUUACACAAACUAAAAAUGCAGAUGUAAAUAAAAAUGUUGAGUUCAAAUUGUCUGACCCAUCUUCUGUACAAACAGAAACGUCUGUAGUGAGUGGUACGUCUGAUGAUGUUAAUUUGACAACAAAUUCUCAGAAUACAAACGAUCGAACGAGUACAAUCACAAUUCAUGAUUCGUCUAGCUCUAGUGAAUGUGAUGAUCCGGCCGAUAAAACUUAUAUUCCAGAGGAGGAGAGUACGGAAACUUCGGAAUAUGACAGUUCAUCGGGUUCGAUACUUUCCGGAUUAUUGGCGGGUACGUGCGAUCCAGAUGCUCCACAAACUGU